CAGAUGAACAAGAAGAUGAAGAUGCCAUAGUCAAUAGGAUUUCGUUGUUUUUGAGCACGUUCACUCUAGCAGUUUCAGCUGGGGCUGUUUUGCUUUUACCCUUUUCAAUAAUCAGCAAUGAAAUCCUGCUUUCUUUUCCUCAAAACUACUAUAUUCAGUGGCUAAAUGGCUCCCUGAUUCAUGGUUUGUGGAAUCUUGCUUCUCUUUUUUCCAACCUCUGUUUAUUUGUGUUGAUGCCCUUUGCCUUUUUCUUUCUGGAAUCAGAAGGCUUUGCUGGCCUGAAAAAGGGAAUCCGAGCUCGCAUUUUAGAGACUGUGGUCAUGCUGCUACUUCUUGCAUUAUUAAUUCUUGGGAUAGUGUGGGUAGCCUCAGCACUCAUUGACAAUGAUGCUGCAAGUAUGGAAUCUCUAUAUGAUCUCUGGGAGUUCUACCUACCCUAUUUAUAUUCCUGUAUAUCACUGAUGGGAUGUUUGUUACUUCUCUUGUGUACACCAGUUGGCCUGUCCCGUAUGUUCACAGUGAUGGGUCAGUUGCUAGUGAAGCCAACAAUUCUUGAAGACCUGGACGAGCAAAUUUAUAUAAUUACCUUAGAAGAAGAAGCACUCCAGAGGCGACUAAAUGGGAUAUCUUCAUCGGUGGAAUAUAACAUGAUGGAGUUGGAACAAGAACUUGAAAAUGUAAAGACUCUUAAGACAAAAUUAGAGAGAAGAAAAAAGGCUUCAGCAUGGGAAAGAAAUUUGGUGUAUCCUGCUGUUAUGAUUCUCCUUCUUAUUGAAACAUCCAUCUCAGUCCUCUUGGUGGCUUGUAAUAUUCUUUGCCUGUUGGUUGAUGAAACAGCAAUGCCAAAGGGAACACGGGGUCCUGGAAUAGGCCAUGCCUCUCUUUCUACUUUUGGUUUUGUGGGAGCUGCACUUGAAAUCAUUUUGAUUUUCUAUCUUAUGGUGUCCUCUGUUGUCGGUUUCUAUAGCCUUCGAUUUUUUGGAAACUUUACUCCUAAGAAGGAUGAUACAACUAUGACAAAGAUCAUUGGAAAUUGUGUGUCAAUCUUGGUCUUGAGCUCAGCUUUGCCUGUGAUGUCAAGAACACUGGGAAUCACUAGAUUUGAUCUACUUGGAGACUUUGGAAGGUUUAAUUGGCUGGGGAAUUUCUAUAUUGUAUUAUCCUACAAUUUACUUUUUGCUAUUGUGACAACAUUAUGUCUGGUCCGGAAAUUCACCUCUGCAGUUCGAGAGGAACUUUUCAAGGCCCUAGGGCUUCAUAAACUUCACUUAUCAAAUUCUUCAAGGGAUUCAGAAACAACCAAGCCUUCUGUAAAUGGGCAUCAGAAAGCACUGUGAGACACACAGCUGGCAUGUUCUGCAAUCAAGAGACCUGAGAACUCCAAACUCAUGACAUUCCUAUCAGAUAUAGAAGCAUUUUCAUACUGACCUUGGUUUAUGUUUAGGAUCUAGGCCUGUCUGUUACUUUUUUCAUGUUCUAGUAAGAACUUUGCUUUUGCUCAUCUUUUUUUGAAAUUUAACUUUCUGAUAGACUGUAGUCUAUAGUUAAGUGCAGAUUCCUUAGAGACAUACAGAAAAGCACAUUCUUCUGUAGACACAUUUGCUCACAUCAGUAAAUACAGUCAUCUAUAUGAAUUUUUUUCAUCUGAUAUGAAAAUGUUAGAAGAUGCUGGGACUAAGGAUUCACUUAAAUCCCAUUAUAUACUUUAUUCAGAAUGUAGACGCCUACUUGACAGGCAUCCUUAGUACUAAGUGAAGGUUAUUCAGAAUUUUUUUUUUAAUAGAGUUGGGGACUUACUCUGUUGCCCACACUGGUCUUGAACUCCUGGCCUCAAG